AAAACAUCUGUGUUGAUUGUAGGUUAGUUUUGUUUUAUAAUAAAUGCACUAAACAGACUCAUCAAUCAAAAUGAGCAAUUUAGUGAAUUUUGCUCUCAGGCACGGUGCUAACUUCCUUAAGAGACAUACGCUACAAAGUCUACGUUGCACAGUGCCAGUGAUAACACACAAAUUGCCGGCUCUUGUUGCUCCUCCAAUUCGAGCGAACUCCACACGAGCUGCCUUCGAUGCGAGCACAAAUGUGUCCAAGGAUGUUGUGCUCUUCAAAUAUGAGAACCCUCGAUUCUAUAAGAUGCUGAACUUUUUUGGAAUCUGUCAGUUUGUGUUCUGGACAUAUUUAUCUCAUUUCGCCUUUACGACGCUUAAGGAUGCGCCGGUUGAGGAGUUGCCGGGUGAGGAGCUGAAAUGGUAUCAGCGCAUAAAUCUGGGCGAGAACAAGUACAAGAAUGGCAUUACAUUCUGCUGUUUUAUGAUAGGCUAUGGCAUUUUGUUUGCCGUUUGGAUGUUUACACUGAGAUCCGUGCGCUUCCUCAUCCUGCGCAAGGGAGGACAAAGCGUGUCCUUUGUCACCUACGGUCCAUUUAACCGCAACCGCAUCAUAACAGUGCCACUCAAAUGCAUCUCAGCCGAAGAGUCCCGAGAAAUGGCCCGUGUUCAGCUGCCCAUUAAAGUGAAGGAUAAGGUGCUGUUCUAUGUGUUGGAUAUGCGAGGCGAGUUCCGUAAUCCACAGUUGUUUGAUUAUACCGCAGGAUUAAAACGACGCAUCUGAUUGUUUUUUUUUAUGUUUCUUAUUAUUUGUAAAUAAAGUUUUAAGCUAAUUUAAACUACA